AUGGCUUUUAACGCCAUGGUACUGCCAAAUAUGGCAGCGACAACAACGGAAUUAUGGCCCUCGAUUGCGAAUACCAUGAUGUCUCCUUGGAGGCAUACAACCUCAAUUCCACCACGCUGGUCAGGUUCUUCGAAGGAUAAGGCGGGACAGAACGAGGCAGUGGAGUCCCAACAAAUGACUAAACCUCGAAUUCCCGAAUUCCUUCAACAACUUGACUCGGCUUCUUUCUCUCGCUCACGAUUCGCUGCAAUGACACCGAUGACUGCGCAAACAACUCUGUCUAGUAUGGUUCGUGUUGGUCUUCAGGCGGCCAACCCCAUUUUGCGACAUCCCUACUUCCAACCCCGCGUAUCGACAUCUUCGUCCUUCAUGCGCUCGUUUUCUCGAACUUCUUCCGGUAUUCUGUCCUCUUCUCGCAGUAUUUCAACUCUCGGUGCAUUUUCUGUCCAGCGCAGAGCAUUCGGCAGCUCCAAUGGCAUCUCUCGUAACCAACUGGCAACAUUGGAAGAAUCCGCCAAUCGAAACCCUGGUAAUGCGAACGCGCAGAAUGCUUUCUAUCAACUUCUCCUCCGAGCCAACAUGCCUGCUAUUCUUGUGGAACGCUAUCAAUCUGGUCGCUUUGCCACCAGCCCUGCUAUCAACGAUGCCUACCAACGCGCCCUCGCUCAACUUGGUGCUAGUGCCAAUCAAGCUGCGAAUGCGCCCGGUGCUAUGAACGGAAACUUCGCGCGCAACCAAUGGCCAACUUACGAACAAGGCAUUGCCAAUGCUGCCGUGGCUGGAUCUGCGAACGCUGGUAAUCCAAUGGGCCACAAGGGUGAACCUAUCCAUGUUAUCGUCCAGGAGUCAACUCGAUCUACUGUCUUCCGCUGGGUCAAAUUCUUGGCGAUCUUCAUUGUUGUUACCUAUCUGUGUUUUGCACUUGUUACGAUCGCAAUCGAGGCAUUCAGUACUUUCCGUCGCGGUGGACCAAACAGCAAGCAAGAUUCUGAGGUCAAGGCUGAGAAGCAAACUACUACUUUCAACGAUGUCCACGGUUGUGAUGAAGCCAAGGAGGAACUUCAGGAAGUCGUCGAGUUUCUGAAGAACCCUGAAAAGUUUAGCGACCUCGGUGCCAAACUUCCCAAGGGUGUCCUCCUGGUUGGUCCUCCUGGUACCGGUAAGACGCUCCUCGCUCGAGCUGUUGCUGGUGAAGCUGGUGUUCCGUUCUUCUACAUGUCCGGCAGUGAAUUUGACGAGAUCUUCGUUGGUGUUGGAGCCAAACGAGUCCGUGAACUCUUUACUGCCGCCAAGAACAAGUCUCCCUCUAUUGUCUUCAUCGACGAACUUGAUGCCAUAGGUGGCAAGCGUAACCCUAGAGACCAAGCUCAUGCGAAACAGACACUGAACCAGCUGCUUACCGAAUUGGACGGUUUUGACCAAGAUAGCAAGAUCAUCAUUAUUGGAGCUACCAACUUGCCUAAGAUGUUGGACAAGGCCCUUACUCGCCCUGGACGUUUCGACCGCCACGUCAAUGUUGAUUUACCCGAUGUCCGUGGCCGAAUUGCCAUUCUGAAGCACCAUGCCAAGAAGAUUAAGGUUUCCCCCGAUGUCGACCUUGAAGCUGUUGCUGCUCGUUGCCCCGGUCAAUCAGGUGCCGAAUUGGAGAACAUGCUGAAUGUUGCCGCUCUUCGAGCCAGCCGAGCCAAGGCCGCCUUCGUCUCAAAGAACGAUAUGGAAUGGGCAUACGACCGAGUCACUAUGGGUUCUGAGCGAAAGUCAAUGGUUAUUACAGAUAAAGAGAAGGAAAUGACGGCUUAUCACGAGGCUGGCCAUGCGCUUGUUCAACUUUUCGACAAAGAAAGCUCAAACACUUUGUACAAGGUCACAAUUCUCCCCAAGGGUCCUUCACUGGGUCACACAGCUCAGCUACCCCAGAUGGACAAGUAUUCUUACACGGCUGCUGAGUAUAUGUCAAAUAUCCGGGUAGCACUAGGAGGCAAGAUGGCUGAAGAGCUACGAUACGGUAAUGACAAGGUGACAUCAGGUGUUUCAUCGGAUCUUGAGAGAGCCACCGAUCUAGGCUUCAUGAUGGUGACCCUCUUCGGCAUGUCCAGCGUUCUAGGACCUGUUGAAUACGGCCGAAGAUACGAAAACCUUAGCUCUGAGACAAAAGCGACAAUUGAAGGCGAGGUUCAAAAGACAAUACGAAAGUCGUACGAGGAUGUGCGAAAGUUGUUGACGGACAAGCGUGGUGAACUGGACCUGCUAGCCAAGGCUCUUGUGAAAUACGAGACCCUGGACAAGUCGGAGGUGGAGAAGGUGAUUCGCGGCGAAAGUCUUCCUGGACGUGCCGUUGCACCUAAAGGACCUAUGAAGAUGCCCAUUCCUCAGGAAUCUCCAACGCCUCCGGGUCUUGGUGGUGUUCCCCACCCUCAUCCCCCAGAGACACCAGCACCUCCAGCUGCUGCAGCAGAUGCGUCCAACACCGACUGA